UCCAAUCAGAAUGCGCGAUACAAGAACGUCUGGUUCAGCCAUGUUGUGGUUUUGAAUGAGGAAGAAGCGGGAGAUAUUAUUCUUCAACUAGUUUAUUCUCAAUUUAUAGCAACGUUGAGAAUUUACAAAUGAGUUAGGGUGUAACUCAAAAUGAUAGCCGUUUUUCCGAACGCAUUUGUUGCGACUUAUCGCAUUCCUGUUGGAAUUUAAACACACUUUCAUAAAUUAGCCGUGUAGCUAACAACGUUAGCUAGGACGGUAUUUAGCGUAAUGUGCUAACCAAACAGCUAGCUAAUUCUAAGCUAACUAGCUAACGGUUAGUGGUAAUCUUGGAAAAUUAAAUUGAUGUUUGCGAGGAGUUUUCGCCUUUGAAGCAGCCUCCGCUAACCUACAUCACUCGAAUGAAGCACGUUAGCUUAAUUUGGUUUGACUAUAUUGACAGGCAGACUGAAAGCAGCUUUAGCGAUUUAUCUUUAAACCAGCGGCGUUUUUACUAAAACUUUUGAAUCAUGUUGAAUAAAAUCUACGAAUGGAUAGAAACGAGCUUUGCCAAUCUUCGCAAUGGUGUACCAGCUGCGGAGCACUCGCAUGCACACGGGACUGCGGAUGGUCAACUGAGGAGGAAAAGAUCAUUUGAAUGUUUGGAAGAUGGCCAUGAAAUCGACCAAGAUGGCUUAAUGAUAAAGAAAUCACGAAUGGGGGAUCUUAUUGACACUGUCAAGAGUGCAGCUGAAGGGGUUAAGAGUCACAGUUCCAGUGUGGCUACAUGGAUGAGGAACAAUGUCAGCCCUACUUUGAGAAAUAUACUGCCUACCUCCCCUGGUCCACCACCUGGAGAGCCUCAGCCACAGCCCUCAACUUCAGCAGCAGUCUGGACCGGGAGGCCGGUUGUUGACCGGAAUUCUUUGGGUGAGACGUUUGCUGCCCCCUCAACAACUUUGAAGUGGAAAACAUCCAAAACAGAGUGGUUGCGUAAUGAGAAGUCUGUUGUCGGAUCAAAAGUCUGUAGGCGACAAGUGUGCAUGAGUCCUACACAUCGUGAGGUGCCAAAAACAAAUGGACACUCGGUCAACUUGCCGCCCUCCGUCACCCCCAAACUUCACCCGUCUCCACGGCUAGGCAGGCCUCUAAACCUCCGACCAUAUGGAACUCCCAGUUUGUUCGGAGGAGUGGCCACAACAACCAGCUCCAGCACCAGCAUGUAUGAAAAGACCUUUCCCAUUAAAGUGGUGCAGAGCCCAACCCACAGCACCUCAUCAGCCCGCUUACCCAGGACCAGGCCCCGGUGCACAGCACAAGAGUCGGUCCGUGAGGAGGAGAAGGAAGUCUACAGGCAGCUUCUGACCAUGGUCUCUGGUGGUCAGUCUUUCCUUCACAAUGGCAGCUCACACACUAUUGUGAGGUCACACAGAGAUUUCACCAGCUUCCUGACCACCAGCCGCAGACUGCUGCAGUUCUCUUCCCCAGCUGGGUCAGCAGCAGAAGGAGCUUCAGAGGGUCCAAGCAGCCCCUCCAGCCCCAGAGGGGUAUCCAGCCAGUGCUCCAGCAACCUUCCCAGCCCACUGGGGACCUCCAGCAAGCCAGGGAUCCAGACAUGGUCUUUGGACACGGACCUCAGCUCAAGCAGAGCAGCCACUCUCACAUCAGUUCCUUCUCCAUCAGCUCUGCAGGAUAACUCCUCUCAGGACACACAGUCAUCAGCUCAUGAUGGUGACUCUGUAAUUAUUGUAAAUGAACAAAAGGGCAAAAAGCAAGACAACUCCAGUGUGCCAUGUUUCCAAGCUGAGUUAUGGAUCAAAGAAUUGACUAGUUUGUAUGACUCCCGGGCAAGAAAAAGACGAAGACAGAUAGAGGAGCAGGAGGCGCUGGCUGCCCAGCUGCUGCGACAGCGCCUGUCUGAAGAGGGGCAACGUAGCCGAGAUGUGGAGGUCAAUGUUCGAGUUCCUUUGGAGAAAGAGGUUCCUUUGAGUCUUGUGAUCGAAGAACCGAAACCUUCAGAAGAGAAGCCAGAAUUCCCUGAACUCACAGAGGAAAUGGAGACGGAGGUAAACAGGGUGCUGAGAGGCGGCAGUCCUCAUGAAGUAUUAAGUGAAGGAUUUGGUCUCAGUCUCACACGUAAAGAUCUGCAAACCCUCAGCAACCUCAACUGGCUCAAUGAUGAGGUGAUCAACUUUUACAUGAACCUGCUGGUGGAGCGCAGCCAGGACCCCGACCUGCCAUCAGUCAAUACGUUCAACACCUUUUUCUAUCCCAAGCUGCACAGCAGCGGCUACUCUGCUGUCCGCCGCUGGACCAAAAAGAUGGACAUAUUUUCUAAAGACAUCCUGUUGGUUCCUGUCCACUUGGGGGUGCACUGGUGCCUCUCUGUGGUGGAUUUCCGCAAAAAAGCCAUCAUGUACUUUGAUUCUAUGGGAGGAAACAAUGAUGAAGCAUGCAAAACAUUGUUUGAAUACCUGCAACAGGAAAGUAAGGACAAGAAGGGCAAAGAACUGGAUACCUCAGGCUGGACGCUGCACAGCAAAAAGCGCAAUGAAAUCCCACAGCAGAUGAAUGGUAGCGACUGUGGAAUGUUCACAUGCAAAUAUGCAGAUUACAUUACCAAAGACAAGCCAAUCACAUUUACACAGAAACACAUGCCCUACUUCAGAAGGAGGAUGGUUUGGGAGAUUGUGAACCAUAAGCUGUUGUGAUGUCGGGGCGGCAGCUGUGAACUUGUACAUUUGGCUCACAAGUCGUGACGACGGUCGAGCUACAUUCACCAAGAGGAUCCGCUGACGGUCGUCCGUGUUCUGGGAAAGACUUGCACACCAGCUCCGAUCAGACGGAUCAGAAACCACCAGGAGCACCAAUCACUGCCUCCCUGUCUUCUCCGGUUCUUUCUUUGUUGGUGCCCUCAUGGAGCAUCAGAACAGCAGCUGGAACACUGCGCCUUUUGUAUUUCCCCAGCCGGAACAGUUUUUUUUGAAAUAACACUUGUACCGGCUUACAAAUCAUACUCUGAGAUGCAAUGUUUGUUGUACGUUUUUGUCGUUUACGCGAGCAUCUUAUGCUGCAUUGUCGUACAGUUUGAUGUCAGCAGAAGUGUUUGAUACAUUGGUAACGUGGCUUUACCACUGAAAUACGAUUACCCACAAGUGUGACAUUUUGAGACUAAAACCUGUCUGUGGAUGGGCAUUUCUACUUUAUUGUCUUAAGGUUGUUUUUUUUGUUUGUUCAUGCAAAAAGGUCUGCAACCAGCCAGUAAACCUGAUUAAUCUGUACUAAGCUAUUUUGUCUACAAUAUGACAGAACUGGGAGAAAAGUCCAUCCCUAUUCCCCCAACGGACUAGGGUCCAACUUAUUGAGUUUAUUUUAGUGUGAGGUUUCUGGAACCAGAAAAUAUUCCGUUAUGAAUUUGAACCCCCCAAAAAUGAUGAUCAGAAUAGUGGCUGGUUAUUUUUCUGUUGAACCCCCGAUGCAGUCCUCUGCAGCCUGAUUGCACAACAUGAACAUUACACUCAAAACUGAUUUAUUUACAUUUCAUAAAUAUUAUUAAAAUGCACAAAGAAUACAAGCGUGGCAUUGCCUCAGAGUAUGAUUUCUGAUGAAAAUGGAAUGUUUUACCUUGCCGCUGGCUUAAAGCGUAACAACAGUUGCACCCUAAAACAGCAGGGUAAUGAAGAGUUGCCAUUUCCUUAUCUGUUAGUCUUGAUAAGAUUGUUAAAAAAAAGAAAUGGUUAAAGUCUAUUUUAUGUAUUUCAGAGUCUCUUUUUGUUCGACAGCAACUUUUGGGCAUAUUCAGUAUAUUUUGAACUUUGUACAUAAGUAAAACAUAUACAGCCUACAGUGUAAUAUACUUUUCUUUUUUUAAACAAAACGUAUUUCUUAUCUAUUUUAUCUAGAUCCAAGUCUGAGUUAGAAAGAAACUGUCAUGUAUUGUGACAGUUGUUUGUGUUUUACCUCAAAAUCAGUUUGAUAUAAAAUGGCCACGUUGGAUAAUUUGAUAAACCCAUAAAGAACCUGUGCGUCUCCGUGCGUCAUCUCCUGUACGAGAUAGAACAUGCGAAUGGUUUUCUUGUGUAAUAAAAAGCACUUAAACCACAGUGGAAAAAAAAAAACAUUUAUUAAAAAAUGGCAAGUUCAAAAUCAGA